UCCGUCGACUUUAAGGAGGUCGUAAAGCUGGUGGCCAGCGACGCAGCGACCAACGACGAGUUCGGCUACUCCGUGGCGAUCGACGGAAACACCGUCGUGGUCGGAGCCCUCUACGACGACGACGCAGGCUCCAUGUCGGGCUCGGCCUACGUGUUCCUAACGACCGACGGCGGCGCUACCUACGAUCAGGUGGCCAAGCUGACUGCUGCCGAUGCCGCUGCGGAAGACCGCUUCGGCACCUCCGUGGCGAUCGCCGGCGAUACCGUCGUGAUUGGGGCCUACGGUGACUACUAUGAAAGAGGUGCGGCCUACGUAUUCCGAACGAGCGACGGCGGCGCCACAUACGACCAGGUGGCCAAGCUGACGGCCGCUGACGCCGCCUCGUACGACUACUUCGGCUACUCCGUGGCGAUCGACGGCAGCACCAUCGUGGUCGGGGCCAGCGGCGACGACGACGCCGGCUUCUACUCGGGCGCAGUCUACGUCUUCCACACGAGCGACGGCGGCGCCACAUACAGCCAGGUGGCCAAGCUGACGGCCUCCGACGCCGCGGCGGGCGACUACUUCGGCUACUCCGUGGCCAUCGACGGCAGCACCAUCGUGAUCGGGGCCUACCGAGACAACGAUGGCGGCUCGGACUCGGGCUCGGCCUACGUCUUCCACACGACCGACGGCGGCGCCACGUACGUCGAGGUGGCCAAGCUGACGGCCAGCGACGCCGCGGCGGGCGAUCGCUUCGGCAACUCCGUGGCGAUCGCUGGCGGCACCAUCGUGAUCGGGGCCUACGACGACGACGACGCCGGCUCCAAAUCGGGCUCGGCCUACGUCUUCCGCACGAGCGACGGCGGCGCCACGUACGGCCAGGUGGCUAAGCUGACGGCCGCCGACGCAGCUGCGGAGGACGACUUCGGCAGAUCCGUGGCGAUUUCCGGCGACAGUGUCGUGGUCGGGGCGCACCAAUGGAGUAUUGGCGGUACGGGCAUGGCCUACGUCUUCCAAACAUCCGACGGCAGCGCCACAUAUGAACAGGUGGCCAAGCUGACGGCAUCCGACGCCGCCAAUUACGACCGUUUUGGCGUCUCCGUGGCGAUUGAUGGUGGCAACGUCGUGGUCGGGGCUUACCUGGACGACGACGGCGGCCAAAGCUCGGGCUCGGCCUACGUCUUCAGCUUCAACGUUUGUCCCCCUGGUUCGUUCAGCGACAACGGCUUCCUAGACGGUACCGGCCAGUGCACUGCGUGCCCUGCCUCAACGUACCAGCCGCUGUCCGCCCAAUCGGCGUGUGAUCCUUGUGCGGCCGGCCGCUUCUCGGCCGAAGACGGCGCUGUUGAUUGUGAGGCGUGCCCCGCCGGUCGGAGCCAAUCGGCGAGCGGCCAGAGCGAGUGUGUUGUAUGCGCGUCUGGCAGCUUCUCGGCCGAAGACGGCGCUGUUGAUUGCGAGGCGUGCCCCGCCGGUCGGAGCCAAGCGGCGAGCGGCCAGAGCGAGUGUGUUGUAUGCGCAUCUGGCAGCUUCUCGGCCGAAGACGGCGCUGUUGAUUGUGAGGCGUGUCCCGCCGGUCGGAGCCAAGCGGCGAGCGGCCAGAGCGAGUGUGUUGUAUGCGCAUCUGGCAGCUUCUCGGCCAGCGCUGUUGAUUGUGAGGCGUGCCCCGCCGGUCGGAGUCAACCGGCGAGUGGCCAGAGCGAAUGCAACACUGUGUGUCUUCCGGGAACCUACGCCCCCGCUGGGUCAGCAUCCUGCGAUCACUGCCCGUACAACACGUACAGCAGCAGCCCAGGAGCCGCCGCCUGUGAUCCUUGCCCCGACGACUUGAAAGCUGGCCUUGGGCAGUCCUACUGCUCCAGGUGCCUUCCUGGCGAAGCAGAGCACAUCGCUGACGACGGUCUGAGCAUUACGUGCUUGAAGUGUCAAAACGGCACGUUCAGCCCACUUGGGCUCUAUUGCGAGGUCCCUCCGUUGGGGUGGUACACGCCAGACGCGGUUCAGAGUCUGCCAUGUGCCGCCGGGAGUUUUGCCAACGAGACCUACGCCACUUCCUGCACCGCGUGUCCUGCUGGUCGAAGCCAACCGGCGAGCGGCCAAAGUGAAUGUAUCGGGUGCGCGCCGGAAACUUAUCAGCCGGACGCGGGCCAUUUAGGGUGCGAGCCGUGCGCGACGUUCCAGCUCGGUCGCGGGUCGCGAAGCGGUGCAGUUUCGUGUGAUUAUUGCGGCGCGGGCUUAUAUCUGGGCGACGACGCCUCCUCGGCCGACGGAAAAAAUUGCUUCGCCUGCCCGGCGCACGCUGACUGCGCGGCGGGUACGACGCUGGCGACGCUAAACGUUCAUCCCGGCUAUUGGCGCACCGGCCGCACGUCUCCGAAGCUCAAGCGAUGUUUCCUCGAAAGCGCUUGCGUCGGCGGCAACGCGUCGCAAUGCGCACCGGGCUACCACAAGACGCUCUGCGCGUCGUGCGAGCACAAUUACUACCUGGAGGUCAGCACGGGCGAGUGUUAUGAAUGCGACGCAGCGGCGACGCGCCGGACGCGACAUUUCUUCGGGCUGCACCUGUUCAUCUUGCUUCUGUUCUGCGCGUCGCCCUUCAUCGUCGCGCGAUUUCUACGCGCUCGUGCCCACGAUGCGGCGAAGCGGCGCUUCCGGGCUCGCAGCGGGCGGUGGUCGCGGAGCGCCAAGGCCCUGCUGCCAAAGGCAGGACGUGUCGUGCCCGACGGGGAGACCAGCACGUCGCGGCCGCCGUGGGGCAAAAACUUGGUCGGCACAGCAGUCAAGGUCCACGCCGUUGGGGCUUGGCUCAGAGCAGAGAUUGUCGACGUGGAGACCGACUACAGUGGCGCGCGCGGCAUUUGUAUUCAGUACACGGACUACCCGUCUGCCGACGAAGAAUUUCACGAUUACGAGAGCGAGGACAUUAUGUACCUGCCUCAAUCUCAGACGCCCAAGAGCGAUAUACCUCAGCCUCAGGACGACGCAGACCUUGCUCGCGAGGAUAUACCUCAGCCUCAGGACGACGCAGACCUUGCUCGCGAGGAUAUACCUCAGCCUCAGGACGACGCAGACCUUGCUCGCGAGACUCCAAAGAUCCACCUGCGCGAGCUUACGAACGCGUCGCUCGACCUCGACGCCAUUCUGCAGGAGAUCCUUCCGGACCUGAUGCCGCCGCAGCUGCGCAUGACGUUUGACAUUUGCGACCGAAUCCCGGAACUAGCUCCGCUGCGGCUGAGGCUCCUCGAGGCGUCGUUCCGCGUCGCGGUGCCGCGCCUGCCGCGCCCGCGCCUGGACGAGCUUUUCGAGUUGCUGCGUCCAGAUAUGAAGAUUCCCGCGGAGCUGGACCUCGAUGUCCUCGUGUCAUUGCUCGCUGAGGCCUUCCCGCGGCUUGACGCUCCGGACCUCGCGGUGAUCCUCGACCUCCUCGACGGCGUACCGCGGCCGUCGCUCGACGCGAACGUGGCGAGCGUGCUACGUCUGAUCGAGGAGGCUAUUGUCGUGAAGGUGAAAAUCGUGGUGACGUUUCUACAAUGUCUGUGCUACUUGCCUGAAGUGUACUAUGCGGUGACGUGGCCCAAGCAGCUCACGGGCCUGCUGAACGUCUUCAAUCCGCUGAACCUCGACGUCUUCAGUCUCGUGCAGCUCGAAUGCCUCGUGGGACGGCUCACGUUCUACCAUCGGCUACUGCUCGUGACGCUGGGUCCUAUAUUGGUCGCGCUGGCGCUUUGUGCGGCUGCCGUCGUCGCGAGGCGGCGCGGGCGGCCCGCGGGCGCCGCAGCUUUUAUCGACCUCGUGCUGAAGCUCUGCUUCUUCGUGUUCGCGUCGACGUCCACCUCGAUCUUCCAGGCCUUCGCCUGCGACGACACGUUCGAUGACGGGAGAGCCGUGCUCGCGGCCGACUACUCCAUCUCGUGUAAAACGGAUCGAUGGCGGGGCUUCGCGGCAUAUGCGGGCAUCAUGGUCGCGGUGUACCCUGUCGGCAUCGUCUGUCUUUUCUCGGCUUUACUCUUCAAGCACCGAAAAGCCAUCGACCCGCCCCUCGGCCCGCACGGCGCUAAGCUCCUCCGGCUCGAGGAGACGUUAAGUGUCGAACGCGAUAAACGCUGCUCGCUCGCCGAGCGCGCAAAGCAUGCCCAGCGGCGCGAGGACGCCAGCCUGAAGAGCGUCCGGUUCCUCUUCGUCCACUACCUGCCCAGGUACUGGUACUUCGAGGCGAUCGAGUCCGUGCGACGUUUACUUGUCACCGCCGUAGCGGUAACUGUCCAACCGGGCAGCAGUACGCAGCUCGCCUUUGGGUUGCUGACGUCUAUAUUGUCCCUAUUACUCUACGCGGCCACGCAGCCAUUUAUCCACCAUGCGGACAAUACCCUCGCAAUUCUCGGCGCCACGGUUCUCACGCUCGCGACGUUUUCUGGACUGCUCCUAUCCUCCGACGUUGUGGAGGAUGAUGGCUGGUCGGUGCUUGGUAUGGGAACGUUUCUGGCCAUUUGCACGGCCCUCGUCGUCGUCUUAGGCCUCGCGCUCGCCGUCCUCGAAGCGAAGCGGCUCCUCGAGAAGCUCGCCGCCGCGGCGUCGACGCGCCAUCGGCGGUCCGUCGAGUACUUCUAGUAAUUUUUUAGUACUUGU